UUUGCGAAACGUGAGUACUGCGUGUACGGGGUAAAGUGGAGAUGGCUGUGCAAGAUUUAAAAAAGCUUCUUUUUCUCUUCGCCCUUGUUGUCGUCAUGUAUUUGGGUUAUUGCUUUCUCAUCUCAGAUUACACAAUGAAUAUAAUGAGGAAUUAUCCACGACGUUCGACAGAAUUCCUUAGGAUACGCGAGAUCCUGAGCUUAGAGAAAGCAGAGGAUGAGUGUGUACUACCGGGACAUCUCACACGCCAACAGCGCCGGCGUGGGAAGAACGGGCGCUUUUCUCGUGAUUGACGCGAUGCUGCGCCAGGCUAAGAAACAAAAGACGGUGGACAUCUUCAACUACGUGAAAGCCAUCAGGGAAGACCGGCCACACAUGGUGCAAACAUCGGAGCAAUACGUGUUUAUCCACUUGGCUGUCCUGGAGGCGCUUGUCUGCGGAAGCACUGAUAUUCCUGCUGACAAUAUGAAGGCCGCUAUGGCCAGGCUCUCCAAACUACGGACUCCAGGAAAUGUGUCGGGGUACGAGGCGGAGUUCCAGAGGUUGUCAGUCAUUGUGCCAUCAAGUGUCCCGGAUGUAGAUGUUUCGUCGGGAUCAAAGUACAGAAUUUCAUUGAUCGACAAAAAGUCUACAUUGAAAAGCCCAGCUAAGCGAAAACUGACUGCCUAUAUGAAUGCCAGUUUUGCUAAUGCAUACAGAGAGAAAAACGCAUUCAUCCUCUGCCCGGCUCCAUCGAGUGAAGACAUCACGAACUUUUGGCAAAUGGUCCUGGAUUUCUCAGUAGGCACUGUCGUGAUGCUGUACGACACCUCAGAGGGACAAAAGCGUUACCGGCAGUACUGGCCAUCACGUGACGCCAAGAGUUAUGGGAAGAUACAAGUUCAACUUUUAGACGAGGACGUGGAGUCUCAGAUUAUCACGAGGAGGUUCGUCCUCACCACCAAGGAGGGCGCGUCGCGGGAAGUGCGUCACUUCCAGGUCCUCGGUUGGACUGAGCAGAAGUUACCUGACAAGUCUAGUGUUCUCCGCCUGAUAGAGAGUACUCAGAGCUCUCAGCAGCAGUCUGGUAACGCCGCUAUUCUAGUUCAGUGCAGUAACGGCGCUGGUCGAAGUGGCACUCUUUGUGCUGUACUGUCCGUGAUAGACAGGGUGAAGGCUGAGCAUGUUGUAGACGUAUUCCAGGCCGUCAAGGUCCUCAGAGCAUCACGGCCGGGAGCUGUCGAAUCCCUGAGGCAAUAUGUCUUCUGCUACGAGGCCACAAUGGCAUUUCUGGAUUCCUUCAGCGACUAUGCCAAUUUUAGCUGACACUAGCAUGAUACUUAUACACCUUUUGCUUUUCAUUAACGAGAAAUACGCAUUCAUUUUAGCCAAAAAAAAAACAAUAGCAUUUUUUAGGAUAUUGUUUGUCAUAAAGGGCUUAUUGUUUGUACGGAGGCGCUAACGUUUAUAAGAAGCAUGCAAAUUACUUUCACAAAAUACUAUUGUUUGCACUUGCUGUAAUAAAAAUGUUAAUGAAUAUUUCUUUCACUGUAUUGAUUGCGAGUUUUCGUAUUAUUGAUAUUUUAUUUGUGCUAUUGUUAUGUACCAACGCGCAAAUGAAAAUGGAUUUUUCAUUCCUGGUUGUCGAAUAGUGUAAAUGAAUGUUAAGAAAAUUCAAUUGUGUGCACUCAAUUAUGUAAAGUUCGUUAAUGUAUUUCCUUUUAGUUCGAAUGAUUUUACUUUCGCUUAAAUGACAGUACAUCGGCGUAAAUGUUUGUAAUUUUGGCUAAAAUGAAUGCGUAUUUCUCGUUAAUGAAAAGCAAAAGGUGUAAACGCAUUCCGUGCGAUCCCUUCUUGAUAGCCAAUAAAUCAUGGAUGCUUGCCA